AUGGCGUCUGAGCAAGCGCCUCCGCGCAACGUGCGCGUGAUGGCGGAAGCGGAUCGGGAGGCGGAGCAACAGGCUGAGCGGAAGGAGGAGGCCCCCGGCGCAGCGGGGAGACCUGCGGAGGAGAGGGGAGGCGGGGAGAGCGCGGGGAAGACGCACAAGUACACGAACCGACUGGCCAAGGAGCAGAGCCCGUACCUGCUGCAACAUGCGCAUAACCCGGUCGACUGGUACCCGUGGGGGGAGGAGGCAUUCACGCGGGCGCGGGAGGAGGGGAAGCUGAUCUUCCUGUCAGUGGGGUAUUCCACGUGUCACUGGUGCCACGUCAUGGAGGUGGAGUCCUUUGAGCGUGCUGACGUGGCGGAUGUCAUGAACGAGGGCUUCGUGAACAUCAAAGUCGACAGGGAGGAGCGCCCUGACGUGGACAAGGUCUACAUGACAUAUGUGCAGGCCACACAGGGCGGGGGGGGCUGGCCCAUGUCGGUCUUCCUCACGCCCUCACUGCACCCCGUCUUUGGCGGCACCUACUUCCCUCCGGAUGACAAAUACGGCCGCAUCGGCUUCAAGUCGCUGCUCGGACGAGUCCGCUCUGUGUGGGAGCAGCGGCGCAGUGAGGUGCAGAGCGGUGCAGAGGACGCAAUGGCACAGCUGCAAGAGGCCAUGCAAGGGGGAGCGGCGGCGGAGGCGGCAGGAAAGGGGAAGGGGAAGGCGGAGCAGCAGCAGAUGGGGAAAGAGGAUCAGGAGGAGGAGCGGGUGUUGAAACUUGCAGAGAAGGCGGUUCAGCUGUGCUCAGAGCAGCUUGCUUCAAGAUAUGAUGAGGACUUGGGGGGGUUUGGGUCUGCGCCCAAGUUCCCCCGCCCCUCUGAACUCAAUCUGCUGCUGCGGGCGCACCUGCGGGGGGAGGGGGGGAAGGGGGAUGCGGGGGCGGCGGGGGUGGGGCGGAGGGUGGUGAGGGGGAAGGGGCCGGGGGCGCUACAGAUGGUGGAGCAUACGUUGGAGUGUAUGGGGAGAGGGGGCAUGCAUGACCAUGUGGGAGGGGGCUUUCACCGAUACUCCGUGGAUGAAUACUGGCAUGUCCCCCAUUUCGAGAAGAUGCUGUACGAUCAAGGCCAGCUCGCCAAUGCCUAUCUCGACGCGUUCCUCGUCACCGGCCGCCAGGAUUUCGCGCGCAUGGGGCGGGAUGUUUUGGACUAUGUGCGGCGGGACAUGACACACGGGGAGGGCGGCAUCUACAGUGCGGAGGACGCUGACAGCCUGGCAGCUGUUGGGGAUGAGAGGAAGAAAGAAGGAGCCUUCUACGUGUGGAGUGAGAAAGAGAUUGCAUCCAUCCUCGGCCCCUCCACCCCUCGCCUUCGUCUCUUCACCACUCUCUACACGGUGCGCAAGGACGGCAACUGCGACCUCUCUCGGCGCUCCGACCCACACAACGAGUUCGCAGGGCUCAACUGCUUCAUCCAGCGCUGCUCAGUUUCAGACGCAGCGAAGCAGGCAGGAGUGCCGGAAGAAGAGGCGGAGACGAUGCUGGGAGAGUGCCGCAAGUUGCUGCAUGAAGCCAGGAGCAAGCGACCGCGCCCCCACCUGGAUGACAAGGUCAUAGUGGCAUGGAACGGCCUAAUGAUAUCAGCCUUCGCCCGAGCAUCUCGGAUCCUCCAAUCAGAGCCCGCCACGUCACCCCAUUACUUCCCCGACGACGGAUCCCCACCAUCCAUCUACCUCGCCUGCGCCGAACGGGCGGCGAGUUUCGUCCGGUCUAAGCUCUACGACCAGGAAUCCAAGCGGCUGAGGAGAAGCUUCCGGGAAAGUGCGUCGGAGGUGUGGGGGUUUGCGGAUGACUACGCCUUCCUGGUAGCUUCCUUGCUCGACCUGUUCGAAGCGUCGGGCGAUUCUGAUUGGCUGGUGUGGGCCAUGGAGCUACAGGAAACACAGGAUCGGAUCUUUUGGGAUGAACAGCAGGGAGCCUAUUUCAACUCGGCGGAGGGCGACCCUUCACUGCUACUGCGCAUGAAAGAGGAUUAUGACGGGGCGGAGCCCGCUGCCAGCUCAGCAGCAGCUGCCAGCCUGGCACGCCUCGGAGCCAUGAUUGGUGGGGAGAGAGGCGCGGAGUACCAGAGGAAAGCAGCAAGAUGCGUGAUGGCUUUUGACGACCGUCUCUCCCGCAUGCCGCUCGCGCUACCCCAGAUGUGCUGCUCGCUGGAUCUCCUCGCUGCCACGUCAUCGCCAGCUCAGCGCCAGGUCAUCAUUGCCGGCCCGCGGGGCGCGCCUGAAACUGAGGAGCUGCUGAAUGGAGUGUUUUCCGUGUUUCAACCGAAUUGCAUUAUCAUACCAAUCGAUCCUGCCAACCAAUCAGAUGCUGCCUUCUGGCAGCAGCACAACCCACGUGCCCUUGCAAUGGCUGCCAAGGGCGUGGGUGACAUGUCGGCUGCAGAGGCAGCAGUGCCAGCUGGCGCCAUGUCAGGUGCCACGUCAGCAGCCUACGUGUGUCAGAACAUGACUUGUCUGGCGCCAGUGUCAGAGCCAGAAAAGCUGAUAGCCCUUCUGAAAGGAGGGAAUGCACUCUCAGACACCACCAUGGACGCCAAACGACGCGUUCUCGCUAUGGCGCUUCUGCUCCUCGUGCUCUCUGCGUUCGCCGUCACCGUCACAGAGGCGAAGAGAAACCGCGGGGGCCAGCAAAAGCUCUCCUCUCUCGACCAGGCCACGAAAGAUUCAAGAACUGCUCAGAACGACGUAGCAUACGCACAGAAACAAGCCGAUCAGUUUGCAGCAAAAGCGACCGCUGCGGUGGCGGCAGCGACACAAACGGAGACGGACGAAGCAACCGCGAAGGGAGACUACGAAACCAAGCUCGACGCGUUGGCGACAGCGGCGGGCGCGCUCCCGCCUCUCGAAUACGCACAGACGAAGGCGGAAGACUGGGCGGCUCUCGCUACGAAGAAGUACAACGCGGCUGUAGCGCGGCUCGCCCUCGCGAACAAGUACAAAACGUCUGUGACAGCCCUUUCCGCGCUGGUCGACGCCGCGGCUACCGCCGCCACAACCGGCUUGACCGCCGCCACGACCGACCUCAGCGACGCGAGCAGCGCCGCGACGGCCGCCGCCACAGCCGCCGACGCAAACCCCACGUCCGCGCUUCGCGCCGCGGCCGCCGCGAAGUACGUAGAGGUCGCAAUCGCACAGUCAAUCAAAUCCGCGUGGGAGGAUCACGCCGGAAUUCUCACCACCCUGCAGACUUCCUGCCAGGCCGUUGUCACUGCCGCGGAUGCUGAGGUUACCGCGGCCACAACGGACGAAGGAUCGACCAAGACGGAUAAAGACACAGCAGAUUCUGACCUCGUGGCGGCGAAUACGGCGCUGACGGCGGCGCAGGAGGCAUUUGAUUCCGCAAAAACGGAUUACGACAACUCGAAGCGUUUGUACGAAACGGCCAAGUCAUACACGAGCGCGGCGCGCAGCAACGAGCUGGACCUGCUCGCGAAGAACCGCGCCGCGCAGAUUAGGCUCCUAGGGAACUCGAUCGUCAGCGCCAAGGCGUCGCGCCGGCUCGUCUCGACGAUCACGAGCGAAACUACGAACAACCGCGCGCCGUGGCAGCAGAAAGCGGCGAGCAUGGCGGCAGCAAACCCGAACGCGCUGACGGAAAUGAGUGAGAUUGUGGCGUCGAGCAAGCUCCCUAGCAACGCGCUGUGA